AUGGAACAACAGCUGAGUCUUCUGCCGAUCGAUAAACACGGAAAAGAAACCCUAGGAGCUCUGCAUGGUGGAAAGGGCGACCGCAAGGCGAAGCAAGCUUCUGGCACGGUCAGCUCAGUGGUCAAAGCGCCAGAUGCGAGAAGAAGCGGGAAGGUCUUUGAGAGUCAGAUAGUCCAGGAGGGUAGCAGGCAGCAGGAAAAGAAGGCUUUGCAGCUGAAUGUCAAAGAGUCGAAGAAAGGUUCAAAAGUGACAUCAGAAGCCAUAAGAUCUGCAAAAUCCGCCAAGCACAUCACUGAGCAAGCCAAGAAACAGAAGGAAAAGGUAUGCACGAUCCGCCAAGACGAGAAUACUGAGGCGGUAAGGGCGGCGCAAGAGGGCAAAGAAGCCGCUGAGCUCUAUGUCAAGUCCCAGGAGAGGCAGCUUGCAGGAGAACCUAGCCGCAAGGGCAAAGGCAAGAAGAAGCAGAGGAAGAUGUCUUCUCAUUCGAUGGAAGAAAAACCCGAAGAAGAUGCGGGCAAGGAUCUGAGCAGUCGAAGGACCCUAGAAAGUGCUCUGAUGUCGAGUGCAGCCCCCUCAUUCACCUCCGCAAUCCGGCUGGCAAAAAAGGGAAAGCUACAAUCAAGCACGAUCGGAUACUUCUACAAAGGGAAGAGCCUCGCUGAAGAACCCUGCAGCCACGAUUUCGUGGCAGAAAAGUUCUUCGAGGGAAGCCUUUCGACGGGGCACACGGUCUACGUCUUCGCCAACUGCUGCGGACAGCUCGGAUGGCCGCCACGUGGCAAGGAUGCGGACUCCGGACCAUUCACCUACAAGCCUUGCGACCAUAGCCGCUCUCUUCCCACGUUCGCUUACCACCCCGGUCACCUGCUUCCCAACCCUGCAGACCCUGGCUGUCGCCAUGGUGGACACUGGCGCGGCCUGGCUGUGCGCGAGAGCGCGCCCGCGCGCUUGUGGAGCUGCUGCUUGCGGCCGCUCGGCGCGCCCGGCUGCGCGCGUCGCACGGACCUGUUUUUAGAGCGCCUGAUCGAGAAGCGGCAGUUCCGCCCAGCAGGCGACGACGUGCCCCCCACCGACGAGAUCUUCGAGUGCGCGGCGUAUCUGACGCUCCUGGAGGCGACACGUGGCGACUCGUCCACCGCAGAUUGGGCAAAGACGGUCGUGCACGGCGUGGAUGAGUGCUCAGAGAUCGACUGGGAGGAAGGGCGGGAGCUGCUGAGACGAGUGCUCGCGGAGAAGGAGGCGGGGGGGCUGUCGGAAGACUUCUGGGUUCGCCUCGAUAUGCGGCUCAGAAUGUGGGGCUGCAGGGCGGAUCUGGCAGCGCUCGAGGCGGGGAGUCUCUUGCAGCUGUACCGGAUCUCUGUCCUUCUUUCCAAGCACGACCGGCGACGCGCGGCCGCGCUGAUGAAAGGGAUGGAAGACGAAGGCGCGGCCGGCGAGCGCCCGGAGGCGCGCGCGUGCGCGCCCGAGAGCGGCGCGCCCUCGUGGUGCGUGUGCGGGGCGAUCGAGGGGGAUCCGAACGAGGAAAGGGAAUUUCUGGAGAAGAGCGUGAAGGAGAUCGAGAAGAGUUUGGACGGGGACGCGAGCACGAUUCGAGAGCUAGAGCCCGAUGAAGACACGCUUAAGGUGCUGGAAAGCCUGCAAGAGAUUUGGAAGACGCUGAAGGGAUCCCGCGACAAGAAGAAGAUGGCGUGGCAGCACAAGAUGAUGAUGCGGCGGAAGAUCUGCCACCUGGUGGAGUGCAGGCAGAAUUCGGUUGAAGCAAUGGGCUGCGAAGUGCGCUGCCUCCCCGCGUACGAACGCCCCACCGACGACUCGGCCAAAGAAACGGUGGUCGAACCCGACUUCGAGCCGCUGCUGGAUUACCUCGUACUUCACGAGUACCUUGCAAGCUUGAGCACGUUGCCGGAAGCAACGAGCUUUUGUGAGGAGAUGGCAACUCUCACGGCGGUCGCUGAACAGAUGGAGUCGGAGGAGCUGGCCCAGAUCAUGCAGCCGUUGGAAGCGAUGGCGCUGGCGGGCGAUGCUAAGGCUGAAGAAAUUUCGGAUCAUCUUUACCGGCACGGCAUCCAGGGCCUCGCCUCCCUCGCGACGCUGUCGCACUUCUACGGCCACCAGCGCUUCGCCAACGACCCGCGCGUCGCGGCCGCGUUGAACCUGAUCGGCGCCCAGCUGGACACGUGGACGUUCGUGCAGCGGGGCUCUCUCAGGCUGCUCGCGGCCGCCGCGCGCGGCGCGCCCGACGCGCGGCUUCGGCUCUUUGCGAGCGUGUUCGCGGGCGCGCCCUUCGAGGAGAGCGUGCGCGCGCUGCGCGGAGUAUGGCGCGCGCUCCAGCUGGCGUCGGACGAGCUGUCGCCGCAGGUUAUGUGCACGAUUGUGCUUUUGGGGGAGGAUUGGAAUCUGGAAGGGGUCGCAGAAGUGUUGCUCAGAAAAGGCGAGGGAUCGGAAGCGAGUGAAGAAGAGGAGCCGGAAGAAAGAGUUCAGGCGAUGGGGCGCGGAAAGGAGCUGCCGGAAGACGGAAGACGGACGGAAGGCGGGGCGGGUACGGCGCAAAAUGCUCCGGUGAAAGCUUCUAUCUCAGCCGAACAUGCGGGAGGACCGUCCAACCCGAUCAAGCGCAGUGAAGGUUCCGCUCUAGACUCCAGCGCGGAAACGGAACGCUCGUCAACGGAAGGGCAACACGGACGCGCCGCGGAAAGACCGGAAAGCGUACCCCGCGCCGCGGCCGGCGAGGAGGGUUUAGGAGCGCUUUGGGAAUUCAGCGACUCUGACAUUGUCCAACUCCGGCUACUGACAGAAGUUUCCAACUUUGAACCGGUCGGAGCAAUGGAGGAGGCAGUAUGGGAGAAGCUGAAGAAGACGGCCUCGGGUUGGACCGAAAAGAUGCUGGAAGAGAUUUUCCACUUCUGCGGCCUUGUAGGACUCAAGAACGUGAGCUUCUCGAGGGUCGCCGAGUACGUGCAAAGCGCCGGCGCGCGACUGAAGGAGGACGGCCACCCGACCCACCUGUCACUCCUCGAGCGCGCGGAGCGCAUGUGGCUGGCCGCGCGCGCGCACGCGCGCGGGGGCAGUCUAGGCGCCGGGCGCACGCUGCGCAGAUUGUGCGCCGAGUUUCUCAAGAGUCUCGUAGAGGACAUCGACGUGGAAGGGGGCGUGGGACCGGGGGAGCCCCCGCACGAUGUUUUCAUUCUCUUCACCCUGUUUGCGAUGCUGCUUUACGCACGGGAACCCGAGAGUCAAGCGAUCUGGCAGCGUAUAAUGCAGGCCCAGAGGGCCGCAGAACAGUCGGGGGUGUCCGUUUCGGAGCUCGAGCAGAGAGCGGAAAGGGGGCGGAUGGAAGAGCUGAGGGAGGAAGCGGAAAAUGAGGGAGAAGAAGAGGAGGAAGUUGGAGAAGAUAGUGAAGUCGAAGCAGAGUCUGGGAUUGAGGCGCACGCGGAAAUCGAAGCCAAGGGUGAGAUUGAAGCUGUCCGGCAAGUCUUCGAUAGGGUUCAGUACGGGAUGGGAGCGGCGGGGUUUGCGGGGCAGAGCCACCUGAGUGAGUCUGACAUCAGCAGCAAUUACAGCGAGAGCAGCUGGCUAGAGUUCGUCGGCGAGGACGGCGGAAUCCAGAGCCCGACGGAAACGGAAGACGGGGUUGGGGAAACGCCGCAAAGAGACCGGACGGAAACCGAAGGGAAUCGCGCAUUAUUAGAGCAACUUGCCGCUCGGGUGGGUGGAAGACGGACGGAGGAACGAUUCGGGGAGAGUGUAACAGAGCAGGUUAGAGCUGACGAAGGUGCUUCCAGUACGUCCGUGGCGUCGCGCUUGGACAGAAGUCUGAAUUGUCGAAAUGGUGAAGGUCUGAGGGUCCAUGAGGCAGGGAUUCCGCCAGUUGAAUACAGCCUGGAGGAUAGCGACGAAGGCCCUAAAAGCGGUAGUUCUCGUGCAUUCUCUUCUAGGAGGUCGCGGCCGGCCAUCCGGGUCGGCAGUGUUUGCAAGGAAGGAGGCGGAGCCAAUAGUGUGGUCCUUGACAUGGCUUCUCUCGACUAA